AUGAGCAACUUCCACGAUGAAAGCUCCGGGCUGAUGAUUGGAGAGCAUGGACAAGAGUACGCGGGCUCCUCUUGCGGCAUGUCCCUUGCGACUCAGUCCGGUCUACAAUGGAUCUCUCAGAAGGCCGGCAACAGCAACAACGGCAACAGCAUCAGCUUGGACGAGCAGAGGGAAAUGGUGAACGAAAUUCUCUCUCAGUUGAAACUACCCACACGUGGCGAGAAUGGAUCUCGCAACCGCCCGCAGUCAAAUCUUCCACCAAUUGAGGUGGCGAAGCGAUACAUCGAUGUAUACUUUGCCAAACAAUGGCUGUGGCCGAUUAUUCGGGAAUCUGGUUUUCGAGAGCAUUGCGAACGGUAUUGGAAUGACCCUGCCAGUUGUGACAAGACUUGGUAUGCGCUAUACAAUGUAGUUCUCGCACUCGGAUGUCGAGCUUGCCUCUCUUCUGGCACACUCAAAUCUUUUCGAGACUCGGAAAACGAAGCCUGGGCUUAUUUUGACAACACGGUCUCGGUACAAUCCAAUCUGAUGUAUCAGAAGACGUCUCUACAGGCCGUGCAAACUUUUGCAUUGAUGACAGUAUUUGCACAAGGUGUGGGGGGGCCUCAGCCAGAGUACAUCUACUGCGCCAUUGCUGUGCGCUUUGCCACGGGAUUGGGAUUGCACAAAUCCUCGCCCAAGGCAUGGCAUAUGUCCGACCUCGAAAUCGAGGACCGCAACCGCCUGUUUUGGAGUCUUUACUGUCUUGACAAGACAAUCGCUUUCCGCACGGGCCGGCCUUCAUUGCUGGAUGAUAGUGACAUCGCCUGUCCUUUCCCUCGCGAUUUGUUCCCUGAUCACCACGGUGAAGACGGUUCCCAUGAGUCUCGAGACUUCUUUCUCAACGUCACACGCUAUUCUCGAAUCUGCUCCCGCAUCAUCAAAAACCUGUAUUCGACGACAUCUCUUAUGCAGACCGCCGAGGCAAGAGGGGCAACGGUGGUCGAACUGUAUGAGGAGCUCAAGCAGUGGAGGCGUGUUGCGACCACGGACGCAGGUCAAGAUGCAUUGCAGGGUUGGGCGUCCCUUCGAGAAACGAAAAUGACAUCCAUGGCCCUUUUUCACCAACGCCUUGUGCUGGAGUAUUUCUACCAUGACUGCGUGGCGUCGCUCGACAAGGCACGUCGACUAAAAGACAUAGCUGAAGCCCGAGCGGGAAAUACCUCUUUACAAAGAUUCGCGCUGGAUCAAUUAGCGGCAGAUUCUCUGGAGUCUGCCCGAUCCAUGUGUUUGUUGACGCAGUACAUCGAUAUCGAGAGCUAUGCACCCAACUGGCUUGUCAUAUACUACCCGCUCACCGCGAUCAUCACGAUUUUCACGUUUCUGGCCAGCAACCCACGGUCCAGUUCUGCCACGGCCGAUAUCGCACUCAUGCAAUGUGUCCUCGGUCUGUUUGGACGAAUCGAGUACAUCUCUUCGGGAAAUAUCCUGCUAACUAAGAGUGGAGAGUUCAUCAAGAUUGUUUCUUCUCUCGUUGAGAAGGCAAAGAAUGACGAGGAGAAUGAAGAUAGUAGUCUUUCACGACAACCUCAAUCAUUGCAAGAGCAACAGCCGCGAUGCCACGAGCGUCAAGACGAUGUCGCGGAUCUUCACGCACCCGAUCGACUUAAGAGCUCCAGGGUCGAUUCGCCCUUUCUUCAAACUCAGACGGGUGAAAAUAACCUACCUGAUGACGACUUUAGUAUGCCUUAUAUGGCUGACCAGUUCCAAUCUCUCAAUUGGCUUAAUUGGAAUUUUCUCCAGGAGGAUAUCAUGAUAACUCGUUGA